CCUUAAUCCUCCUCUCCCUCCAUCCCCAAAAAUGUCGCAGAUCACUAUCCCCCUGUUUCCCCUCCUCACCAUCGCCCUGAUCUCACUCCUCCCUCUUUCCCGUUCAGCCAACUUUGAGAUAAGGAACCAGUGCUCCUACACCGUAUGGGCCGCUGCCGUCCCUGGCGGUGGCCAGCAGCUCAACCCCGGCCAGUCCUGGAACCUCUUUGUCAACCCCGGCACCAAGAUGGCACGCGUAUGGGCCCGCACCGGCUGCAACUUCGACGCCAGCGGCCGCGGCGGCUGCCAAACCGGCGACUGUGGUGGCGUUUUGGCCUGCCAGGCCUUCGGGCGGCCGCCCAACACCCUGGCCGAGUAUGCGCUGAACCAGUUCAACAACCUCGACUUCUUUGACAUCUCGCUGAUAGACGGGUUCAACGUCCCCAUGGCGUUCAACCCCGUCAGCGGCAGCUGCCGAGGGAUCACCUGCAACGCCGACAUCCUCGGGCAGUGCCCCAACGAGCUCCGGGUGCCCGGCGGCUGCAACAACGCCUGCACCACCUUCAAGCAAGACCAGUACUGCUGCACCGGAUCGGCGGCCAACAACUGCGGCCCGACCAACUACUCAAAGUUCUUCAAGGACAGAUGCCCUACCUCUUACAGCUACCCCAAGGACGAUGCAACCAGCACUUUCACCUGCUCUAACACUGACUACCGAGUCAUCUUUUGCCCUUAAAAUAAACGGAUCAUGGUAAAUAAAAGCUGCAUGGCAGCUCCACUGUGACCUUGGUUUGGAAGCCAGUGUACAAUUAUCUAUUUCAAUAAGAAGAGCGCGCUGCUUUACUUUUAUGUACUUGUAAUUGAUUUCAUAGACUGCUUAAAAAUCUGUGCUAGCUUGGAUUCCUAGAACAAAGCAUGUAGCAAGCAGCAUGGGCUUGCUAGUUAAUGACCGUUUGAAUAAAGGAUCAGCUUCUUUGUCUCG